ACUCCUGACAGAUUAGUGUGCAUGACAGCCAGAGCGCUCGCGUGGUGCUGAUGUGAGGUACACGCCGGGGUAUUUUUUCUUUUCUUUUCUUUUUGUUUUUUUGUUUUUGGAGCGAUCGCGGACGGACAUGCGCUUCUCCACGCACUGUAUCGGCUCUGUGUCCUUCUACAGCGUCUGCGUUUUCGUGGAUGAAUCCAGGCUAUGUUUUUAUUACUGUGGAGAUAGCGGAUCGGCUGCGUUCCUGCGCGCUUGAAGGAGGAGGAGGAGGAGGAGGAGGAGGAGUUGGCUCGUGGCGGAUGGCAGAUGGCAAAGGGAUCCGGAGGAUGCGAUGGACACGAUAACCGCCGAUAAUCUCUGCAACUGGUGGGCGUUAAAUCAGCAGGAUUUUGAAACGGCUGAAGCAUGCUGGAUGAUGUGGUCCUCACGUAAGUGAUCUGUCCGUCAAAAAUGCCAGGGAGCUCUGGAGACAGGGUGGAGAGUGUCAGGGUGGAGGAAGCCUACACCCAUGCAAUGACUAAAAGGUCAAGUAGUGUAGUGUAGGGAAAGUCAUGGUUUUGAAAUGAACAGGAAAGUACAAUCAGUAUGGUUGUCUUUAUUUUUGCGAAUGUUAAGCCAUCUUCAGUGAGUGAUACCAAGCAGUGAUUGUCCAAAUCAAAGCACCUUGAUAGCAUCACCUUGUUGAACUCACUGUCGGACCCAGACUUCUCAGCCGGCUUCUGAAAAGGUUGGCAAAAUGAUGUGUGAAGUGAUGCCGACCAUCAACGAGGGUGACUCGACGAGUUCCCAGAGAGGGUCUCAGAACGGCUCGGAUGGGGAGUCCAAUUUCGAGCAGCUGAUGGUGAACAUGCUGGACGAGAGAGACAAGCUGCUGGAGUCGUUGCGCGAGACCAGAGAUGCUCUCGUGCAGUCCCAGGCCAAGCUUCAGGAGGCACUUCAUGAGAGGGAUGCUCUCCAGAGACAGAUCAGCUCAGCGCUGCCACAGGAGUGUACAUCAUUAACGAAGGAGCUGAGUGCAUGCCGGGAGCAGCUUCUGGAGAAAGAGGAGGAAAUCUCAGAGCUUAAGGCAGAAAGGAACAACACCAGGCUCCUCCUGGAGCAUUUGGAGUGCUUGGUGUCGCGUCACGAGCGCUCAUUAAGGAUGACGGUGGUGAAGAGACAGGCUCCUCCACCCUCCGGAGUCUCCAGUGAAGUGGAGGUGCUUAAAGCUCUCAAAUCUCUGUUUGAACACCACAAAGCCCUGGAUGAGAAGGUGAGGGAGCGACUGCGAGUGGCUCUGGAGAGAGUGACAACACUAGAGGGCCAACUGGCUGCCACCAAUCAGGAGCUUGCCAUGGUGCGACAGGGAAAGACAGACGGGAACAAAAUGGACAGCUCAAAACCAGCCUGGAAGAGGCUGCCUAAUGGCUCCAUAGAUGUCCAUGAUGAUUCCACUCGUGCAAUGGAGCUGCAGGAACUGCUAGACAAAGCUAAUAAAGAUCUGUCGGCGAGUCGUGAGCGUUCUAACACAUUGAAUACCCGUGUGGCUGAGCUAGAGAGCGAACUUGCCAAUGUGCGCAAGGAGCUGCUGAAGAGCGAGGAGUUCAGUGCCAAACACCAGCGAGACAUCCGAGAGGCGAUGGCACAGAAGGAGGAUAUGGAGGAGCGAAUCACCACACUGGAGAAGCGCUACCUGGCCGCACAACGUGAAACAACAUCCAUCCAUGACCUGAAUGACAAACUGGAGAACGAGCUGGCCACCAAGGACUCGCUGCAUCGACAGAGCGAGGAGAAGGUGCGUCAUUUGCAGGAGCUAUUGGAGCUGGCUGAACAGAGGCUACAGCAGACCAUGAGGAAGGCCGAAACAUUGCCAGAGGUGGAGGCUGAACUGGCUCAGAGAGUGGCUGCCCUCACCAAGGCAAAGGAACGACAUGGAAACAUUGAAGAGCGUCUUCGACAAUUAGAGUCACAGUUGGAGGAGAAGAACCAGGAGCUGAGCCGAGCUCGUCAAAGGGAGAAAAUGAAUGAGGAACACAACAGGCGUCUCUCAGAUACAGUGGACCGCCUGCUCACUGAAUCUAAUGAACGCCUGCAGCUCCACUUGAAAGAACGAAUGGCUGCUCUGGAGGAUAAGAAUGCACUCAUCCAGGAUCUGGAGAAUUCACAGAAGCAGUUGGAAGAGUUCCACCACAGCAAGGAGAGACUGAUAGGAGAAAUUGAGAAGCUUCGCACAGAGCUUGACCAUCUAAAGAGAAGGAGUGGAGCUUUUGGAGAUGGAACACACCCUCGGUCUCAUUUGGGCAGUGCCACAGACCUGCGUUUUUCUGUGGUGGAGGGACAGGGGGAGCACUUUGCCACUACUGGAGUCAUUCGGCGAGCACAAAAAGGAAGACUGGUAGCACUCAGGGACGAGCCCACAAAGAUUCUACCGGUGGUUGAGCAGGACUGGGAGCGAUUACAGCCUUCUAGCCUUCGAGGCAGCCGCUCACACCUGAUGGGCAGCGACACAGAGCUCUCAGAGCUGGAUGAUGAUGACCGUGAGACCGUGUUCAGCUCAGGGGACAUGCUGUCUCCCAGUGGUCACUCAGAUGCUCAGACACUUGCCCUCAUGUUGCAGGAGCAGUUGGAUGCCAUCAAUGAGGAGAUCAGGAUGAUCCAGGUAGAGCGAGAAUCAGCCGAGCUCCGGGCAGACGAGAUCGAGAGCCGUGUGAACAGUGGUAGCAUGGAUGGGCUGAAUGUGACGCUGCGCCCACGGUCCACUAUCCCCACCUCAGUCACUGCUCUCUCCCUCGCUAGCUCUUCACCUCCCGUCAGCGGCCGCUCCACUCCAAAGAUGGCAUCUCGCUCCACUGCCCAUGAGCUUGGUGUCAUGACCCUGCCUAGUGAUUUACGAAAACACCGCAGGAAAGUCACUUCUCCAGUGGAAGCUCGUGAGGAUAAAGCCACUAUAAAGUGUGAGAUGUCGCCCCCUUCCUCUCCUCGUAGUCUCAAACUCGAUCAGAUAAACUUCGCUCAGCUGACCGGAAGCCUUGAGGAUGGACGAGGUGGCAACAAAAAGAAGGGAAUCAAGUCCUCCAUUGGCCGCUUGUUUGGCAAGAAGGAUAAGCCCCAAACAAUGAGCAAAGACGGCCAGAUGACCCCACUUGUAAUUCCAGAUUUUGAGAUGAGCAUUGGAGAUACUAUGACCCUGGGCAAGCAGGCUGAGAGAGACCGCAGGAUGAAGAAGAAGCACGAGCUUUUGGAAGAUGCACGGAGGAAAGGCCUUCCGUUUGCUCAGUGGGAUGGCCCGACGGUGGUCUCUUGGCUUGAGCUGUGGGUUGGCAUGCCAGCGUGGUACGUAGCGGCUUGCCGUGCUAAUGUGAAGAGCGGUGCCAUCAUGUCUGCGCUGUCCGACACAGAAAUCCAGAGGGAGAUCGGCAUCAGCAACCCACUGCACAGGCUCAAGCUCAGGCUGGCCAUCCAGGAGAUGGUGUCACUCACCAGUCCCUCAGCCCCACUCACCUCACGCACCUCCUCCGGAAAUGUCUGGGUGACUCACGAGGAGAUGGAGAACAUGGCAACCUCCACCAAAGCAGAGAAUGAGGAAGGGAGCUGGGCACAGACCCUGGCAUAUGGAGACAUGAACCACGAAUGGAUAGGUAACGAGUGGCUGCCUAGUCUGGGCCUACCUCAGUAUCGCAGCUACUUCAUGGAGUGUCUGGUGGAUGCUCGCAUGCUAGACCACCUCACCAAGAAGGACUUGCGCACACACUUAAAAAUGGUGGACAGCUUUCAUAGAGCCAGUUUACAGUACGGUAUCAUGUGCUUAAAGCGGCUCAACUACGAUAGGAAGGAGCUGGACCGAAGGAGAGAGGAGUGCCACCAUGAUCUCAAAGACACUCUGGUGUGGACAAAUGAGCAUGUGAUGAACUGGGUGCAAACCAUCGGGCUAAAGGAAUACAGCAAUAACCUUCUGGAGAGCGGAGUACAUGGUUCCCUAAUCGCCUUGGACGAGAUGUUUGACUUCAGCAGCCUGGCCCUCAUCCUGCAGAUUCCAAUGCAGAACACACAGGCCAGGCAGAUCCUUGAACGGGAGUUCAACAAUCUCUUGGCCUUGGGGACUGACAGGCGCCUGGAGGAGUGUGAUGAUAAGUCUUUUCGGAGAUCCCCAUCAUGGAGGAAACGUUUCAGACCACGGGAUGGCCAAGGCCUGGGUACGAUGCCUGGUUCUAUUGAGACGCUACCCGCUGGCUUCCGCCUCUCCACCAUGUCCAUUCCCUCCUCCAUGAGUAUGAAUCCCAAGAAACAGCUGCAGCCUGAAGCUGGACCCCAAGCCCCUCAGAGACUUGAUCCCUCUGCCAUCAGGACUUACUCUUGCUAACUCUGCUUUACUAACAACACUCAUGUUAUCAGUGCAUUCCCACUACCUGUAUGGACACACACUCGCGGCCUUUCGAGAGUGAUAUGCCAAAUUUCAAGGGGAGAUGCCCUCCUGCCAAAGGAAACCAGUGCUUUCAUGGACAACGUGCAAUGGGAAGCGGGGUUGGGGGGAUGGGACAAAAAAAAGAAACUAAACAAAAAUCUGAAAUUUGAACUUUUGAACGCAUCUUUUGCGUAGCUGCUCUUAGAGGAGAUAUAUUGUCGUGUGAGUCACUUUCUAGUAGCCACAAGUUAUUUAGUCAUUGUGAUGGUAAUUUUCAGCUGGUGUACUUGGCCCUAGUCUGUCAGUUUUAGUCUAUUCCCCAGGGUGUGUUGAUGGCAAUUUAUUAGGCUUCCCCCUCUCUGGUUAUGCAAGGUAUUAAUCAGUGUGUCUGUAUAUACAAUUGACUAUAAUUGUUUUUUUAUGUUAAAAAAAAUGCAUAUAAAUAACAUAUAUAUUGGAAUUGUAUAUGGAAAAGAUUAUAUCAAUAUGAUAUGAAUACUGACAACAUGUCUCAGUUGUGACUGUUUCUGUUUGUUUGAAACUCUUUGACCAGUGUUAAACUUGUAGCUACUGUUUUGGACAGUGUAAGUUUUGGACUAAGCUGCCCUUUUCUGCUGAUCUGAGGCCAGCUUUGGUUAUAAAAUAGUUAACCUACAAAUGGGCCAAGCUGAUCCCAGGUCAGUAGAAAAGGGUUUAUUAUAUCAGUAGCAUCUGUGGUGUUAUUUGAGGAAGAUUGUUUGCGAUCACAUGAACAGUGCACAUCUAUAUGUCAGUUCAUUCCAAGACUUCCAAGACUUAAUGCAACCCUUCAUAUUAGACAGAAAUUUGCAUAACUAGAAGUAUAAUUGCUAGCAAGGCAACACUGAAAGCAAUAGCCAUCCAUGUCUUCAUAUACUUGAUACAUACGUGACAACUCAGUUUGAGAGCUUGUAACAAUAAAGGUUCUGUCUGACUUUGUUCUGAAUAUUAUUAACCUAUAAAUGAAUGAUGUGAGAUUUUUUACACUAAAAUAGUGCUAAAAUUAGGCAUACUGAUACCAAAAUGAGUAACCUAGUCACUAUUAAGAAAUCAGGGAUAACACAGAACAUCUUAUUUAACUCUGUUUAUGUUUCCCCAGUUUACACUGUAUCUUGGUUUGGUUGAAAAGGGCAUAUACGUGUUUUCAUGCUCAUAAGACUUGAUUUUGUAAAAAGGUUGUUUUUGCUGCAGCUUUUAAAAAAAAGUGUUAUGUAACUUGUUGAGUUUUUUGUGCUUUUUCUUUUUUGCGGAAAGCUACUUGAAUUGGUGAAAUUGCAAUUGCACGAAAUUGUUUUGCAUGGUCUUUUGCAGUGAUGUUUGUUGGUAAAUAAGUCUUUUUAACUGUACUCAUGUUUGACACACAUGAAUUGAAGGGGGCUUUUGCUCAAUGCGUGUUGUGAUGACGUCACAUGACGCAUUUUGGCCCAAAUGUGCAGGAAAUAUGUGGUAAUUUUGAAAAAUUGCAAGCUCCUCCAAAUAUUGUGGAAUUUGCUUGAUUUUGCGUUAAUUUCUGAGAUUGUAAAAUCGCGAAAUCCUGGAGGGACUAUUAAGCAACUAGGCUUUGUAGUUCUUUGUGGCAUUAGCUAGUCCAUAUCAAAUGAUCUUCAUUAGCUAGCCACAUUAUUAGCUUGGAUCAAGUAGGAUUACAGUGAAGAAGACCGGCUGAUCAUCAAGACUACUGCCUAAGACCUUCUGUUAGUUUCAUUUUUAUCUUCAGACAUUUUUUUCUACUCAUAGCCAGGAUUUGUUGCUGUGUGCUGCUAGUAAGACGCUUCUCAUGCUUGUUUCAUCAGUUUACUUGUAUUGUAUGAAGAUGCUGAUAUUAUCACAUACUACAGUUUACAGUCAUUUCAUGUCGUCUGUCCAUUAGCCUCAGCAUACACUAGGCUUACUGUAUGUCACAUGAUAUUGGGUGCUGGUAUUGGAGCAUUUUCUUUUUUACAAGUACAAGUAAAUAAGCAUGGUAUCAGACCAACACCUAAUACCAGUAGCGGUAUCGAUGCAUGCCUAGCAUAAAAGUGUACAAAUAUGUAAAGGUGAAAAGCAGUAUCAGUGUAUUUGUGGGUCAAAACAUAGAUCAAUAUCUUCACAACUGUCACACAGAACCUUAUAAAUCCAAGAGUCUCGAAUUAUUUGAGGAGCAAAAGUUUCUCCUAUUAGCAGUAACUACUUAAUCAAACUCUUGAAAUGUUACAAGUACAUAACAUCCUAUUGAUGUCUUUUUGUUUUGUUGUGUAUAUUUAUUUAUUUAUUUAUUUUUAACAGUGAUUCUAUUUCAAGACAUGUGCCACUGAGGCAGCUAUUUUGCUAAUUUAUGUAUAUGUCUGUAUAUGUAUAUGUAGUUUAGUGUGUACUUUAUGCCAAGUAAUGAAUCAAGCCAUUUUUGCCUGUUUACUUAGAAUACUAGCAUACAGAAACAUAAUCUAAAUUCCCACGAGAAAGCAAGUAAAUAUUAUAAUGUGUGUAUGAAAAGUGAAGUAACACUGGAAUAUCGAUUUUACUGUAUGGGACACUAUUGGCAGGAGAGGGACAUGUUGGAGCAUGCAUGCCACAAACCUGACAAUCGCUCUCCUCUCUCUCUGUCUCUCUCUCGCUCUCUCUUUUUCUGUCUCCCUCUCUCUUAUUCUCUCUCAUCAUCUCUAAUUCUCUAUACUCAGCUGAGGAAUCCAUCAGCUGAACACUUAAACUUGAAACCCUGUGGUGUGCUGCUGUCUCUUUUUUUAUUAUUAUUAUUAUUUUUAUUUUUUUUUAUCUCUGUAUCCGCCAAGUGUGCCUGAUCAAAUACAGCUCAAUUCACAGAUUCACGGCCCAAAUGUAUUUUUGUAUCUUUUUGGUCCCCCCUUCUCUCUCUUUGUCUGUCUCUCUGUCUGUUGUUUUACCAGAUCAUACACUCACAGUAACUUAUUUGACAUUUUGAAUUGUUGAAUCUUGACCUGGACCAACCCUCAGCAUUAUUGUCAUCUCACUGAUGACAUCUCCUUAAUCCAGCAGAUAAAUGAUGUGUGUAAAGUUUGAACUGACAGUAACUGAAGCCAUCUGCUUUUGCACUGUGUUCUCUUGUGAUUGUUGGUAGCAUUUAUCACCCUGCCGUUCCUCUAGUUCAUGACAGUAAUGUAAAAUGUAAGACAGGUGCAGCUCUCUCUCUCUCUCUCUCUCUCUCUCUCUCGUUCUCAAAAUUCUCUAUCCCCCUCACGCUCUGUCUGUCUCUCUUUCUCCUUCUCUAUCUCUGCCUCUUCAUCUCUCUCUUGCACACCUCUGUGUGUAUCUCUUUCUCCCCCUCUCUUCCUCUGUAUCUCUUUCACGCUUUCUCUCUCCUUAGCUCUAUCUGUCUCUCACUCUAUCCCGCUCUCUUUCAUAUUUCAAUCUGUGUGCAUGUGCGUAGGUUUCAGUGUCUGUAAAUAGUCUAUUUGUGUACAGAAAUAUGUAUACAGUAGUUAUAUCAGAUUCCACAUGAGGCAUGUGGGUGAAGUCUAUUAAAGUGAAAAUUCUCCUUGACUUGUUUUCAGAAGGAGACUAUGUUCUGUAGGUUCUUUUUUUUUCUUUCACUGUAAAUCUAUAUGCAUAUAUAUAUGUACAAUAUAUAUGUGAAAUAAAUAUUUAACUAUGUAACA